CACCCGCGUCCCCCGCGAGGCCGCGACGGCGCCCCGCGAGAGUUUUAUAAAUAUAGCAGCGAGCCCGGAUAAUUGUAGGGGUUCGCGGCGCUGUUGCUGGCUGACCCCACCAAACUUAGCGAGGGGGAAGGGAGAACGGGGGUGAACAGCGCGACGGACGACGGUUAGCGAGCGAGCGACGACGCAACGGAAGAAGAAAAAGAGGAGGACACGGCGGCGCACGGGAGGGAGGAAAGAAGAGGAGGACGACGACGCGCGCGCGCGCGCGCCAAUCCGGAGGCGCCACCACCGGUUCGUCGUCCCUCCCCCCUCCUUCCUCCUGUUCCUCUUCUUGUGAGGCCGCCAGGAAGAGGGAUAGGAGAGGAGGCGGAGGCGGCGCGACCUGACCCGUCGCGCGCCAGCAGCGGUUGCGACGGCGUCGGCGGCGUGGUUGUGUAGAUAGAUUGGUUUGGUUUGGUUGCCGGGGAAGAGAGAGAGAGAAGAGAGAGGGGAUGGCGAGGUUCAUCCUGAGCCUGCUGGAGCUCGGCGUCAGCGCGACGGUGCACCUGCUCUUCGGGCUCUACGUCUUCAGCACGGCCGUCGCGGCGGACAUCUCGCAGGCGGCGGCGGCCUCGGGGUGCCUGCUGCUGCGCCGCCCGGCGGCGCCGGGGCUCGUCAACGUCGCCGCGGCCGGGGAGGAGGAGGAGCGGAGGGGCGCCGCGCCCGUCGUGCUCGACGGCUCGCCUCCGCCCAUCGUCCUCGUCCACGGCAUCUUCGGCUUCGGGAAAGGGAGGCUCGGCGGGCUCUCCUACUUCGCCGGCGCCGAGAAGAAGGACGACCGCGUGCUCGUGCCGGAUUUGGGGUCCCUCACCAGCAUCCAUGACAGGGCGCGCGAGCUGUUCUACUACCUCAAAGGAGGGCAGGUGGAUUAUGGCGAGGAGCACAGCAAGGUUUUCGGGCACACGCGGUUCGGGAGGACGUAUGACACAGGACAUUACCCGGUCUGGGACGAGCAAAACCCGGUGCACUUUGUCGGGCACUCGGCCGGCGUGCAGGUUGUGAGGGUGCUGCAUCAGAUGCUUGCCGAUAAGGCUUUCCCUGGACAUGAUACUUCUGAAGACUGGGUUCUUAGCCUUACUUCCUUGUCGGGUGCGCUUAAUGGAACCACUAGAACUUACUAUGAUGGCAUGCUGGCUGAAGACGGAAGAUCCAUGAAAUCAAUCUGUCUUCUUCAGCUCUGCCGGAUUGGAGUUAUCGUCUAUGAUUGGCUAGACAUUCCUUGGCUGAAGAAUUACUACAAUUUUGGUUUUGACCACUUUGAGAUGUCAUGGAGGAAAGUGGGCCUCUCAGGUCUAAUUGAUCUGUUGCUGGGGCACACUGGCCCAUUUGCCUCAGGAGAUUGGAUUCUGCCUGAUCUUACGAUUCAAGGAUCUCUAACACUUAACUCUACAUUGAGGACCUUCCCAAAUACAUUCUACUUCAGUUAUGCUACGAAGAGAACAAGAAAGCUUUUUGGAAUUACAGUGCCUUCAAGCGUCCUUGGAAUUCACCCCAUGCUCUUCCUCCGAGUCCUCCAAAUGUGUAUGUGGAGGCACCCUCAAAAUGCACCUCUACCUUACAAAGGAUACAGGGAUGAAGAUUGGGAAGAUAAUGAUGGGGCUUUGAACACAAUCUCCAUGACGCACCCUCGCAUUCCUACAGAGCAUCCAAACCGUUUGGUAGUGGAUGAUUCUGAUUGCCAUCCUUUGCAGCCUGGGAUAUGGUAUUACAAGAUAAUUGAGGCUGAUCACAUUCUUUUCAUUGUAAAUCGUGAAAGAGCCGGAGUGCAGUUUGAUUUGCUGUAUGAUGGCAUUUUCCAACGGUGCAGAAAGCACGCAUUUAGGAGGAGCCCCCCUACUGUACCAAAUGAAUCGAGUCAAAGUCAAUAGCAGACUACACCAAAAAUGAAAUCUAUCUAGAAAGUAGAAUGGAAGGAAAAAAAGGAAUCACGACGGUUUUUCUGCUUCUCUUUCGCCCCCGGCAACCAUGUAGAUGUAAACAACAUUGUAAACUGUAAAUUACAUUAUUCAUUUGACUAUGUGAGGAGCAUUGCAUACAUA